AUCCUACAACCCACGCCGGGCCGCCAGCAGCGGCAGGGCAGGACGAGGCUUCCCGGUUCCCGGGGAUCCCGAACGCCUCCUCCCCGGCCGGCCGUGCCCUGCCCGCGCUCCCGGAGCCGCAGCAUCGCCCGCAGGCAGCGCUGAGCACAGCCCGGCCCCGGUCCCCGGCGCGCAGGCACGGGCAGAGCCCUGGGCUGAAAAGUCAUGACAGCUGAAAAGACUAUUCCUAUAAUUAAUGGCAAGCCAGAAGAUGCUUUGGACCCAGAAGCCUCAAGUACCAACCUCGUCCACAGCAAUGAUAAGAAAGUUCAUGAAAGAGGUCACUGGAACAAUAAGGUUGAAUUUGUGCUUUCUGUGGCAGGGGAGAUUAUUGGGUUGGGAAACGUCUGGAGAUUCCCAUAUCUUUGCUACAAGAAUGGAGGAGGUGCUUUCCUCAUCCCCUACGUGGUCUUUUUUAUUUGCUGUGGAAUACCAGUAUUUUUCUUGGAGACGGCCUUGGGACAGUUUACAAGUGAAGGAGGCAUCACAUGCUGGAGGAAAGUUUGCCCUCUCUUUGAAGGCAUUGGCUAUGCUACCCAGGUUAUAGAGGCACACCUAAAUGUAUAUUACAUCAUCAUUUUAGCAUGGGCUAUCUUCUAUUUGUUCAACUGCUUUACUACAGAGCUUCCCUGGGCUUCCUGUGGCCACGAAUGGAAUACAGAAAACUGUGUGGAAUUUCAAAAACUCAACAUGAGCAACUGCAGUCAAGUCUCUUUACAAAAUGCCACUUCUCCAGUGAUGGAAUUCUGGGAACGAAGGGUGCUGGCAAUUUCUGAUGGGAUUGAGCACAUUGGGAAUCUGCGCUGGGAGCUCGCCCUGUGCCUCCUGGCUGCUUGGACUAUUUGCUAUUUCUGCAUCUGGAAAGGAACCAAAUCCACUGGAAAGGUUGUGUAUGUGACAGCCACGUUCCCCUACAUCAUGCUGAUGAUCCUCCUCAUUCGGGGGGUGACGUUACCCGGCGCUUCCGAGGGCAUCAAGUUCUACCUUUACCCCGACAUCUCCCGGCUCUCCGACCCACAGGUGUGGGUGGAUGCUGGCACACAGAUCUUCUUCUCCUACGCCAUCUGCCUGGGGUGCCUGACAGCCCUGGGGAGUUACAACAACUACAACAACAACUGCUACAGAGACUGCAUCAUGCUCUGCUGCUUGAACAGUGGCACAAGCUUUGUUGCUGGUUUUGCUAUCUUUUCAGUUCUUGGAUUUAUGGCUUAUGAACAAGGCGUGCCCAUUGCAGAAGUUGCAGAAUCAGGACCAGGACUUGCAUUCAUUGCUUACCCUAAAGCUGUCACCAUGAUGCCUCUGUCUCCUCUGUGGGCAGCUCUGUUCUUCAUGAUGCUCAUCUUCCUGGGCUUGGACAGCCAGUUUGUGUGUGUGGAAAGCAUCGUGACAGCUGUGGUGGACAUGUACCCCAAGGUGUUCCGCAGGGGCUACAGGAGGGAGCUGCUCAUCCUCGGCCUCUCCGUCGUGUCCUACUUCCUCGGCCUCAUCAUGUUAACUGAGGGUGGGAUGUAUGUCUUCCAGCUCUUUGACUCCUAUGCAGCCAGUGGGAUGUGCCUGCUCUUUGUGGCCAUAUUUGAGUGUGUCUGCAUAGGCUGGGUGUACGGCAGCAAUCGCUUUUAUGAGAACAUUGAAGACAUGAUUGGGUACAAACCUGUGUCGUUGAUUAAGUGGUGCUGGAUGGUCCUAACUCCAGGUAUUUGUGCAGGAAUCUUCAUCUUCUUCCUGGUGAAAUACAAGCCCCUGAAGUACAACAAUGUGUACAUCUACCCUGACUGGGGCUACGGCAUCGGGUGGAUGAUGGCACUCUCCUCCAUGGUCUGCAUCCCGCUGUGGAUCUGCAUCAAGCUCUGGAAGACAGAAGGCACCUUCAUGGAGAAAUUCAGGAAGUUGAUUACACCUAGCUCAGACCUGAAAAUGCGGGGCAAGCUCGGAGGAGGAGCCUACAUUGCAGCAAUAAAUGACUGCGAUGCCAAACUGAAAGGAGAUGGCACCAUUUCCACCAUCACAGAAAAGGAGACACAUUUCUGAAAGAACUUUUUUUGGUUGUUUUAUUUUUUUUUGUAUAAAGAAAUAAAUAAAUUCACUUAAUUAUA